GGAAAACAACCCAAUUCCUCGCACCGUUAACAUUCAACCAAAGUCCACUUUUCCGCAUACACAUAGCUCGGACUUACGCAAUAUCAUCCAAAAACAAGGGAACGGAAAAGUGAACGAAAGCGCCAUUGCAUAAAUCAAAAUGGCCCCUCAAAAUACCCCCGCAUCAGAUGCUCCUGCGGGCUCAGUUAACAUCAACUCGCUUUCUGUGCCGCAACUUCGGGCGCUGCAGACUCGUCUUUCGUCGGAAUUGGAGCAUUUGACGUCGUCGCAUGCUAAGUUGCGCGCGGCGCAGUCGAAGUUUAGGGAUUGUGUGCGGUCGAUUAAUGAAGGUGUUGUUGGAUCUGAGAAGAGGGGGACGGAUGGCAGGGAUGACAUCUUGGUGCCUUUGACGAGCUCGUUGUAUGUCAAGGGUAAGCUGGCCGAUCGGGAGAAGGUGCUUGUGGAUGUUGGAACGGGAUUCUAUGUUGAGAAGACCGCGAAAAAGGCGAUUGAGUUCUAUGAGGACAAAAUUAAGAGUCUAGAGACGAAUCUCACAGAGUUGGAAAAGAUUGUACAGACGAAGAGCUCCCAGCAAAGACUCUUCGAGGAGGCUCUGAGACAAAAAUUGCUUAGCGAAGGCACUCAAUCAUCUGGUGCUGCCGCUGCGGGUGGUGGUUAAAACCUGUCAGAUGCUUGCAGAGGCGUCCGAUCAUCCAGUGAUCGGUCAGGGCAAAAUAGUCAACAGAAAUAAUAAAGGAAUGGUAUUUGUUACAGUAAGUG